CUUUGCUGUCCCAACGUGGCAGCAGCUAUGUAUGCGCUGCGAUCUCUUCUGCUUCUGCUGUUGCCUCUGUGUCCCGGUCCUGGUCCUGGACCCGGUAUUGAGGCAAAGGUCACCCGGAGUUGCACUGAGACCCGACAGAUCCUGGGGGCCCGGGGAUAUAGCUUAAGCCUACUCCCUCCCGCCCUGAUCUCAGGUGAGCACCUCCGGAUCUGUCCCCAGGAGUACACUUGCUGUUCCAGUGAGAUAGAGCAGAGGCUGACUUGGGAGACUGAGGCCACCUUCCGAGGCCUGGUGGAGGAGAGCGGUUCCUUCUUGGUUCACACACUGGCUGCCCGGCACAGAAAAUUUGAUGAGGUUUUUCGGGAGAUGCUCACAUCAGCUGAGCACUCCCUGUCCCUGCUCUUUCAUCGCUCCUUUGGCCGCUUGUAUGCCCAGCACACCCCCUUGUUCAGUGGCCUGUUCUCUCGGCUACGGGACUACUAUGAGAGGUCCGGUGAGGGGUUAGAUGAUGCCUUGGUGGAUUUCUGGGCUCAGCUCCUGGAGAAAAUGUUCCCCCUGCUGCACCCACAGUACAUCUUCUCCCCCGACUACCUGUUCUGCCUCACACGCCUGGCCUCUUCUGCUGAUGACUCUCUGAAGCCUUUCGGGGACUCACCCCGCCGCCUCCGCCUACAGAUAACCCAGGCCCUGGUGGCUGCCCGGGCCUUUAUCCAGGGCCUGGAGACUGGAAGAGAUGUGGUCAGCGAAACGCUUAAGAUGCCGCUGUCCGAAGGCUGCAAGUGGGCUGUGAUGCGUCUGACAGGCUGCCCCCUUUGUCAGGGGGUUCCCUCGCUGCCACCCUGCCGGGGCUUCUGCCUCAACGUGGCCCAUGGCUGUAUCGGCAGCCAGGGACUGGAUCCUGACUGGGGGGCCUAUCUGGAUGGUCUCCUGUUCCUGGCUGAGAAGAUCCAGGGCCCCUUUUCCUUUGAGCUAGCAGCGCAGUCCAUUGGGGUGAAGAUCUCAGAGGGUCUGAUGCAUCUACAGGAAAACAGUGUGGGGGUGUCAGCCCAGGUGUUCCAGGAAUGCGGGAGCCCCCAACCGGCGCCUGCCCGCGCGCGCCGCGCCCCAGCCCCCCGGGAGGAGGUGGGCCGGCUCUGGUCCGCUGCUGCGGCGGAGGAGGAGCGGCCCACGACGGCUGCGGGCGGCAGCCUGCCCCGGCUGGUGUGGGAGCUCCGCGAGCGGCUGGGCCGGGUGAGGGGCUUCUGGGCCGGGCUGCCCCUGACUGUGUGCGGGGACCCCCGCAUAGCGGCGGACCUCUCUCAGGAGGCGGCGCCCUGCUGGACCGGAGUUGGGCGGGGCCGGUACCUGUCGCCCGUGGUCGGGGGCUCCCUGGCCGGGCAGAUCGACAACCCAGAGCUGGAUGCGGAAGCCUCGAGCCCCGACCUCCAGACGCGGAGGCGGCGGCUGCAGCUCCGGGCGGCCACGACCAGGAUGAAGGCGGCCGCCCUGGGACGCGACCUGGAGCUGGAGGACUGGGAGGACGCUAGCGGCUCUGGAGAGGGACAGCACUAUGCAGAUGACUGGAUGGCUGGGGCAGCAGCUGUGGCCCCCCCAGCCCGGCAUCCUCGCCCUCCUCGAAGGGAUGGUACUGGGGGCAAAGGAGGAGGUGUCAUUAUCCGCCACAGCCAGGACAGGAACAGGACUGGAGGGACGUCUGUCGGUUUUCACACCCAACCCUUCCUCAUUCUCUUCCUCUCAGCCCUGGCCCUCCUUGGACCUCGAUAACAGGGGAGGGGUGCCCUGGCAUCAGAAGGGUUCAUGGCCCUUCCCCUCCUCCCCCCUCAGCUGGGUCUGGGGAGGAGUUGAAGGGGGCUGCAGAGAGGAUAGAGAAGGGACUUUUUGGGUAAA